AUGGCUUCCUCAGAUGAAGUAGAAGCCAAAAGGUGUCCCAAAGGUCACGAAAUCCCUUCAGUUCCUAGAAUCCUCCAAACAUUCUCAUUGGUUGAAUCUGAUGUACUGUGUGUUUACGUUGUGGGUAGUCACCUCUGGGGUACCUGCAGUAAGCACAGUGACUGGGACCUGGUUAUAAUCACCUCCAGUGCUAAGAGAACAGGACCAGCAGCUGUCAAUGUACAUAAACACAAACUGGACGCAUGGAUUCUCUCAAUGGACGAGUACACUGGUUUCAUAAAGGACCAUCUGAUGCAGGCUCUCAUUACAGUAUGGCUACCUCAGUGUUUCGUUAUGAAACAAACGAUUAAUCCUAAAAUAUUAUUUGAAUAUUCUCGGGAGAAACUUGCAGCAGCUGUGGAUAAAAUGCACAGAAGGGAUAUGGAAGUAGCAAGAAAACAUUUUAUUAAAAGUGAUUGCAGAGGAGGUUUAAAGAUAGUUAGGCACUGUUUGAGACAAAUGGAGCUAGCAUUGGGAAUAUACCAGUCACACUGCAUCA